AUGGCAGUGACAACUCGUUUGACAUGGUUGCAAGAAAAGAUCCUGCAAAAUUAUCUUGGAGGAAAGCAGUUUAGCCUUCUCUAUAAGGCUAGUGUCCAUACAUUCUCUGGUCAAAACUUGCUGAAGAAAUGCUGUCAUCAAGGACCUACUAUAGCAGUGAUUUAUAGUGAAGAUAAUAUUAUUGGAGCAUACGUGCAAGAGAGUUACCAGAAAGGAAAAAAUGCUUCCAUCAUCCUUUUCUCUCUUAAAGAAACCGAGAUUUCAGAGUGUAAGAUAGGACCAUAUGUACUAUUUUCAUUAUUUUAUGACACUAAUUCAGAAUUACAGUGUGGUUACAAUGGUGAAAUCCAGAUAGAUCUACGUAGAAAAGAGAUUUAUAUGCACUUGGAUAUAGUGAAUAACCUUGCGCUACCUCAAAAAACGAUUUCCUUUCAGGAAUGUGAAGUUUUCCGAUGUGAAGAUUUAUUGGACCAAAGAAGGAUAGCAGAGGUCACUAAUCUCAAGAUGACCUUAUUAUCUACCAUAAGAACUUAUAAACCAUAUGGAGACCUGGUUCAACAAAUAAGAAUUCUGUUUGUGGGUCCAACUGGAGCUGGGAAGUCUAGCUUUUUCAACUCAGUGAAGUCUAUUUUCCGAGGCCAUGUAACACAUCAGGCUUUGGUGGGCUCUGAUACAACUGGGAUAUCUAAGAAGUACAGGACAUAUUCCAUUAAGGAUGGGAAAGAUGGCAGCUCCCUGCCAUUUAUUUUGUGUGACUGCCUGGGGCUGAGUGAGGAAGAUGAAGGCCUGUGCAUGGAAGACAUAUUCUACAUCAUAAAAGGCCACAUUCCUGACAGAUACCAGUUUAAUUCCAUGAAACCAAUCUCAUCAAGUCAUCAUAACUUUAUCAAUGCCCCACUGCUGAAGGAUAGAAUCCAUUGUGUGGCAUUUGUAUUUGAUGCCAACUCUGUUGAACACCUCUCUGAUGAGAUGAUAGCAAAGAUCAAAAGUGUUCGAAGGGAGGUGAUAAAGUGUGGUGUGGUUCAUGUGGCUUUGCUCACUCAUGUGGAUUGCAUGGACCUGAUUACGAAAAGUGACCUUAUAGACAUAUACAGAUGUGUGCCUGUGAAGUCCAAGCUAGAGGCAGUUCAAAGAGAACUUGGAUUUGCUCUUUCUGACGUGUUGGUGGUCAGCAAUUAUACCUCAGAGUGGGAGCUGGACCCUGUAAAGGACGUUCUCAUCCUCUCUGCACUGAAUCAGAUGCUGCGGGCUGCAGAUGACUUCUUAGAGGAUUUGCCUCCUGAGGAAACAGGUAGAUGCGGUUGGUAUAGAAGCUUGAAUGUGUCAGCUACUUGGCUGCUUCCUGCCUGGACCUACUGGAUACCUAGCAGUUCUCUGUGUCCUUGUGGAUGGUUGCCCAGUGAUUAG